CAUCCAAUGCAUCAAAACAUUGUUUUCUAGUUGGAGCCGCGCCUCGUUUUCAAACUGCAAACAAAACUAAGGACCCCCCUCCUCUUGAUGCCCUGUGUAAUUAGUCCCACUUUUCCCCCCACUAAACCACCCCUGCUACUUACAGACUUUGUACAACAUUAUAUGCUUCAGUGCCAGAGGUGUAUUCAAGUCAUGUGACUUCUGGCACUUUUCCACAAGCAGAAACUUAAUGAAUUGUAACAUAGCCAUCAUUUACAGGUUCUGCUUUUGUUUCCACUGGGCUAUGGUGGGCUGAGUUCCAGGACCUAAUGGAAAUGUGAACUUGUGGUUAUUAGAGGUCGUAUACAUGAUAUGCUUGGCGUCCAGGUGGUUAAGCUGUGAGAACACCACUGCUUGGCAAUGGCAUCUAGAAGCCACUAAGGCUAAGAAUUUAGCAAGCUAGCAAGCUGGUAACUCAGGAAAUCCAACAGCAUAAUGACAAUGGAAAAAAAGGGGCCACUGGGAAAAUCACAUUUUAGUCAGAUGUGUUAUGAAAUUACAAAGAAAAACUUUAUAUGUCAAAAAUGAAAAUAUCAUAACACACCAUCCACCAAAAAUAAACUGUCAAGGUUUCCACCAUUUCUGAAAACAUCAGUAAACACUUGUGAACUUGGAGCUUUCAGAAAAUUCCUUUGUACAAGAUCAUUUAAGCACAAGAAGAGGGUGUUCAUAGGGACUCAUCUUGUGAACACGGUGAACACUACAUCAUUUGAAGGCAGCUUAAAUUUGGGCACAGUUAAGGAUGAUACUAAAUGCAGGUUCCAGGUACUUUAAGGGGAUUAGGGUUUAACAAACAAGUACCCAGUUACAGAAAAACUGCUCCGGAGCACAAUGAAAUGUGAAAAAUUCCACAGGGAAUACACAGUGACUGCUAACAUGCUUCAGCAAGUUCAGCGUGUUAGCAUGCUGCUAAUUAGCACUGUACGCAAAGUAGGCUACAGCAUGGCUAACGGGAAUGGUAUUAGUUCCUCAGGUUUUGUUCAUGAGCAAAAUUAUUAGACACGUUGAAAUUUCCAGCCUUUCUUUCAUCAGUCUUUCUGAAAAGAUGUACAAUGUUCAUGGCAUUUAAACAUGUCACAGUAAUGCUAUAACACCUUUUGUGACAAGUCAAAAUGUUUGCUGUGAAAAAGACCUACAGAACUAUAUACUCAGUAACGAUAUUGUAGAUAUGUGGCAGUUAGUGUUUACUUUGUUUACCACUUUUUUUUAAAAAAAAAAAAAAAACAUGGAAAUUUAUUUUAAGAACAUGGAAAGAAGGCAAUGGACAACUAAAGAAGAAAUGACCCAAAAAAUUUGCAAAAAUUAAAAACAAGAAAAAUAGUAGAAAAAAAUACGCAGAAAGAAAGAAAGUUAAAAAAUAAACAAAGGAAAGAGUGCUUAAUAAUUCUAAUACAAAAUAACAAAAUAUAAAAAUGAUCAUUAUACAUAUAUUGUAGUUUUUCCUGACUUUUUCCACCAGUUUAAAAAAAAAAAAAAAAAAUCUAAUUUUUUUUGCAAUUUGUGGGACAUUUCUUCCCAAGUAGCUCAAUACUGUUUUCCCCAUAUUUUCUUUAAACAAAUCACACCAAUUUACUCAGGGUUCAAAGGUUUAAAUACUUGCGAAAGGCGAAAGAAAAUGCAAAGGAAUUUCUGAACCAAACUAACUGCUUAAAAUUUUUAAAGUUAUUACAGUAAAUCCUGUUGACAACAUAAAUGUCUGUACAAAAAUUACCUAACAUUCCAUCCAGUAGUUGUUGAGAUAUUUCAAUCUGGACCAAAGUGGUGGACUGACUGACCGAUUGACAUUGCCAUCCUUGGAGCUACGGCAGUAGAGUGGCUAAAUAAAAUAGGGAACAAGUUUGUUGAAAAUGUAUUAUUUUUUUAUGAUUUAUUGUAGAAUUAAUGUUUUUUUGUGUGUGUGUCUUUUCUCAGUUGAGAUAGAGGUUGACGCGGACAGUGACAGUGAUGACGGCACCACCCAGAGGAGAACAAACAGAAGACAGGGAGCUGGAAGAGGAGGUGCAAGGGGAAGAGGGAAAAAACCAGCCAGUGAAGAUGAAGAUGAGGACGAUGAGGAUGAAGCUCCCAGGGGCCGCAGGGGGGCAAACAAGAGGAAGCCAGCCAAGAAGCGUGGAGGUGGAGAUGAUGAUGAUGAGAGUGAAGAUGAAGCGCCCAAAAGAAAGCCGAAAGGAGCAGCCAAUAGGAAGAAAGGAGGCAAAGCUCAGGACAGCGAUGAGGACAGCGAUGAUGGGAAAGGAAAGAAGGGAAAGAAGGGGGGAGGAAAGAAAGGAGGGAAAGAGGAGGAGGAGAGUAAGGGUAAGAAGGGGGACGCCAAAGGGAAGGACAAGGGGAAAGACAAGGACAAUGACAAAGACAAGAAUAAGAAAAAGAAGAAGGACGACAGUUCAUCUGAUUCCAAGACGGACUCCGAGGAGGAGGAGUCCAUGUCAGAGGGAGAGAUGGCUCGGCUGAUGGAGGAGGUGGAGGAGAAGAAGAAACUCAUCGCCAACAUCAGGAACAAGCCGUGGAGGAUGAAGCGGAGGCUCGUACACCUAAAGGAGGCUCAAGAGUUUGUGGAUAAGUUUGAAGGAGCUCUGGGCAAAGGAAAAGGCAGGAAGUGGUACGCCUACAAAGUGAUGAUGACAAAGAAAUGGAUCAAGUUUCAGAGGGAUUUUGAGAACUUCAGAACAGCCUGUAUCCCCUGGGAGAGGAAGAUCAAAGAGGUGGAAAGUCACUUCGGGUCAUCUGUGGCAUCUUACUUUAUCUUUCUGCGCUGGAUGUACGGCAUGAACCUGGUCCUUUUUGGUUUCACCUUUGGACUUGUGGUCAUCCCUGAGGUCCUGAUGGGCCUUCCCUACGGGUCCAUUCCCAGGAAGACUGUACCCAGAGCAGAGCAGGACACCGCUCAAGACUACUCUGUCCUUAUGGACUUUAAUGGCUACUGCAAAUAUUCAGUCCUCUUCUACGGCUAUUACAACAACCAGAGGACCAUCGGCUUGCUGAAGUUCAGGCUGCCUCUGUCCUACCUCAUGGUCGGGAUCGGCACCUUCGGCUACAGCCUGAUGGUCGUGAUCCGCACAAUGGCCAAGAACGCUGAUGUCGGUGGUGGAGACGGAGACGAAGGAGAGUUCACAUUUGCCUGGAAGAUGUUCACCAGCUGGGAUUACCUCAUAGGCAACUCAGAGACCGCUGACAACAAAUACGCCUCCAUCACCACCAGCUUCAAGGAGUCCAUCGUGGACGAGCAGGAGAACCAGAAGGAUGAGAACAUUCACCUGCGGAGGUUCCUCAGAGUCCUGGCCAACUUCCUGAUCACCUGCAGCCUCGGCGGCAGCGGAUACCUCAUCUACUUUGUGGUGAAGAGGUCUCAGGAGUUCGCCAACAGGGACGACCUCAGCUGGUAUGAGAAGAACGAGUUGGAGAUCAUCAUGUCUCUGCUGGGUCUGGUGUGUCCUCCUCUGUUUGAGACCAUCGCUGAGCUGGAGGACUACCAUCCUCGAAUCGCCCUCAAGUGGCAGCUCGGACGCAUUUUUGCCCUCUUCCUGGGAAACCUCUACACCUUUCUGUUUGCGCUGUUCGACGAGGUCAACACCAAGCUGGAAGAAGAGGAGUCCAUUAAGAACGCUUCCAUCUGGGCCAUGAAGGAGUAUUACGCCAACUACUCACGUACGGUCAAUGACAGCGAGGCCACACCACCCCCCAUGGACCCUUCUGAUGUCAUCAGAGGACCUUGCUGGGAGACCGCCGUUGGCAUUGAGUUUGUUAAGCUGACAGUGUCGGACAUCCAGGUGUCCUACCUCACCAUCCUGAUCGGUGACUUUGCUCGAGCUGUCAUCGUUCGCUUCCUUAAUUACUGCUGGUGCUGGGACCUGGAGGCUGGAUUUCCCUCAUAUGGAGAGUUUGACAUCAGUGGUAACGUACUUGGACUGGUCUUCAAUCAAGGGAUGAUCUGGAUGGGUGCGUUUUAUGCUCCCGGGCUGGUCGGCAUCAACGUGCUCCGCCUCCUCAGCUCCAUGUAUUAUCAGUGCUGGGCUGUAAUGGCCACCAACGUCCCCCACGAGAGAGUCUUCAAGGCCUCCAAGUCCAACAACUUCUACAUGGGUCUGCUGCUUCUCAUCCUCUUCCUCAGUCUGCUACCUGUCGUCUACACCAUCAUGACCCUGCCGCCUUCGUUUGACUGCGGACCCUUCAGUGGGAAGCCGAGGAUGUUUGAUGUGAUCAUGGAGACGAUUGACCUGGACCUGCCGGCCUUCAUGGGGACGCUUUUCAGCUACGCAGCCAACCCAGGCCUCAUCAUACCAGCUGUACUGCUCAUGGUACUGGCCAUCUACUAUCUGAACUCAGUGUCUAAGGCCUAUCAAAACUCCAACAUGGAGCUGAAGAAGAAGAUGCAGAUGGCUCGGGAUGAGGAGAAGAACCGGAGGAACAACACUGACAGCACCAACCAGGUCAUGAAAGACCUGGAGGACCUGCUGCCGAACAGAUCCCUCAUCCCCCCUGCUCCUCCAGAGCCUGAAAAGCCUCCAGAGCCGGAAGCAAAGCCAACGAAGACAAAGCCCGGCUCGGCUGGUAAAGGCGUAAACCUGCAGAAAGAUGUGGCUCUGGCGUCUCCCAACCCCAACGCUCGAGGGCCAGUGAACCGGCCGCCCGGGCCGAGAGGAGCUGGACCAGGGCCAGGUCCGGGUGCUGGACCGGGCCGAGGCCGUGGGAGAGGGCCCCCUCCGAGAUAACAGUGUGAGAAAAUCCUGCAGGCUGUGUUCAAGCCUCAGACAAUCUCUGUUCAUUUCACAGCUGGAGACAUAAAUAAGCACAAAACAA